AUGCCACUUUCGAGAUUUUAUACUUUAGAACGCAAGUUAUUAAAAUAUCGUGAACUAUAUACUCAGUAUUGUGCGUUUAUGAAAGAAUAUGAAGAUCUUGGCCAUAUGAUCAUUGCUCGUCAGCCCAGUAAAUAUUACAUUCCCCAACACGCGGUGGUUAAACGCAUCGGUCCAACCAUAAAGAUUAGAGUCGUUUUUGAUGCUUCAGCAAAAUCUUCAAAGGGAAAAUCACUCAACGACUUGCUCCAUGUUGGUCCGAAAUUACAAACUGAUAUCUCCGAUUUAGUCAUCGAUGUCGUACAUUUAAAUACAUGUUUACCGCUGACAUAUGUAAAAUGUACCGACAAAUUAAAAUAG